AAGCAAUGUUACCAACAAUAGAAAAAUUAAAGAUAGAUUUUUUUCCAUUACCUUUCAUGACCCCACUAAAUACUAUCGUGUGUAAGAUUGAAGAACAAGAUAAUCCAUCGAAACUUCCGUUAGGCUCCUCUGCUUCAUCAUCGUGCAUAGAUGAAAUCAGAGCCGUUGAUUUAGGCUUCGAUCGGCGGCUCAAGCUAGCAUCUCGGCGGUCUGAAAUAGCGGCGGUCGAAGUUGACUGGCCCAUCCACCACCACCACCACCAUCACUUAUCAAAACGAACGGCAGAGAUACGGAGCCACAGGGUGCCUAUCCUGCGCACUACUGCAGUGGAGCUUAUGGUGGCAAACACCGGAGCCUGCCUGCGUCAGACGGAGGCUUCAUCGUCGAUGGUGUGCGGAGGGAGUGCAGGGUAAAUUCAUUUUCAAAUUGAAAUUCAUGGGCUUAGCUAUGAAUACGAAAUACAUGAGUUUUAUUCCU